AAUAAUGGCAAGGUUUUUAAAGAUAGAACGUUUGAUACCUCGAGGCACUUUGCUCAAAACGAAAGCUGUUUUCAUUAACGUUAUCGACCGGGGUAACUAACAGUAACGGUAGUGCAGCUAACAGCUAGCUAACCUAACCUAAACUGCCUCAGCUAACUUGGAAGCAGGUUUGGAGGAGGAACCUGCUUCAGACGUAAUAUAACAGUUCGCGUGAGCGUUGUCCAGCGAUCAGAAUUCUCCGUGCUAGUGUCAAGAUUGUGAGUUUGCAGCUCUCAGCAUUUGCUGUUUGGAUUAAUGAGCGCACACACUGACAGCCGUGCAUAAUCCUUGGGGAUGGGGAGUAGAGUCAAGGAGCAGCGGGCAUCACUCACACAGGGAGAAGUGCUGCCACUGGCUUCUUCUUCUCAGUCAGAAGUGAGCAAUGAGGGUCUGAAGACGAGCCGGUCUGUUCUCAACUCACUUUUCUCAGGGGCGUUAGCAGGUGCUGUGGCCAAGACAUCUGUCGCCCCACUGGACCGAACUAAAAUAAUUUUCCAAGUGUCUUCAGCAAGAUUCUCUGCAAAGGAGGCCUACAGGUUGAUCUACCGUACCUACCUGAAGGAUGGCUUCUUUAGUCUCUGGAGGGGAAACUCUGCCACUAUGGUGCGAGUCAUCCCCUACGCUGCCAUCCAGUUCUGUGCCCAUGAGCAGUACAAGAGGCUGCUGGGAGGCUACUAUGGCUUUCAGGGAAAAGUCCUCCCUCCAUUUCCAAGAUUACUGGCUGGAUCUAUGGCCGGUACCACAGCCGCCAUGCUGACCUAUCCCCUGGACAUGGUGCGGGCUAGGAUGGCUGUCACGCCAAAGGAAAUGUACAGUAACAUUCUACACGUGUUUGUGCGGAUCUCUCGAGAAGAAGGCCUGAAGACGUUGUAUCGCGGUUUUGCUCCUACCAUACUUGGUGUUGUCCCCUAUGCUGGUCUUAGCUUCUAUACUUAUGAAACUCUGAAGAAAUUACAUGCAGAGCACAGUGGCCGCCUACAGCCCUACUCUUACGAACGCCUGGCAUUCGGAGCCUGUGCGGGUCUCAUUGGCCAGUCAGCGUCUUACCCUUUGGAUGUGGUACGACGACGCAUGCAGACUGCAGGAGUCACAGGUCACACAUAUAGCACCAUUCUAGGCACCAUGAAGGAGAUUGUGUCUGAGGAAGGCGUCAUCCGUGGACUCUACAAAGGUCUCAGUAUGAACUGGGUCAAAGGGCCAAUUGCAGUCGGAAUCAGCUUCACAACCUUUGAUCUUACUCAGAUUCUUCUGAAGAAGCUGAAUCAAAUGGGCUACACCGCCCGAUAAUGUGCAAAUUAUUGCGGGGGAGGGAUGACUGGUGGAACACUCAGGAUGUUUCAGAACUAUUUAUGUGUUCUUGUGUUUUACCUCUGUACAACAAGGGAUGUACAGUCCAUGCAGGUGUGGGGUAUGUAAGCGGGUACCAUGUACCUGUACACACUGUUAUGUACAUCAAAGUGCAAUAUACUGAGUGAUUUUAUGUGUGUACGGAGAUCGUAACGCUCGUGCCCUUGGGUGUCGGUGUGAGUGUUUUUGUCCAUCAGAGAUCAGACCUUCACAUACACAGUUUCUUGUCAGCCUCUUGUGUAGGCGUAAGACACCUUGAACUAAUAUAUAUUAAUACGCUAUAACAGGAGGAGGAUACGCCUCAUUGGGAUUUGUUUUGAUGUGACUUUGUUUUAAAGGAUUAUGCCAAAGUUGGACAUGUAAGCUAGCUGCAGAUUAUAUUAUAUGAUGUUAGUACAUUUAAGCACAAAAGUUAAAAUUUUGGUCAACACAGGGGUAACAGCUUCGUUACUGCCACUAAAAUGUAGAAUACAGUGAAUUUGAUACAAGUCCAGUGGAGAUUCUGAAGCCUGAACUUAAUUGUUUUGCUCUUACAUAGAAAGAAGGAGGAUGGUCUGCUCUUUUUUACCAGUGCCAAGACAUGUGAGUUCAAAACAGUGCCCACAAUAAGUAAUAAAAAAAAUAGUCAAAUGUGAUAGAAAAUGAUAGUUUUGUGGACAGACUUUAACAUAAGUAUAUAGAUGUUACAUCGAUUAUGUCUGUACUACCUUUGCUUUAACCUCACGCUGACAUGCAGUCUCAAGAAAGCGGAAUGACAAGUCAUUUUCCAAACAGCGAUCAGACCUGGUGGUUUAACACAGUAGUGUUCCGUAACCCUGUACCUCCUGCCUCAUAACUGCUACUUUUGGGAAGUUUACAAUGUCCCUUUUUUGUUGAGACUGGCAGAGGUGUCAUUUUAUAUCUAUGUUGCUAAUUUAAUUAGAGCUGUUUAUUAUCAUUGGUCUAGACAUGGUUGUAACAUACACCGUACACAAACGUUGUCUUCCAUUUGGCAGCAGUGCUUUGCUGCUGUUCAUGACUGUUCUGCUUACAGGGCAGUGGGGUUGCGUGCUCUUACUGCUACAUCCUAGAGAAGGAACAGUGAGUGAUAAUGGACUCACUUGACUAGAAAUAUGCAAGCACAGCAGAUUUUUGAAUUAACUUAUUGCAUUUUAGUGUUUUCAGUAUUACACCUCAUUACAUAUUCUAAUCCUCAUGAAUUUGACAUGUCUUGAUGUCUCAUAUGACCCAUCAAUAUGUCCCACUGUCCGAAAUGGGCCUGUGCUGUGUUAUGUGACCUUAUGUCGGGCCGUUUCUACAGUAUUGAUGCAGGCACAGUGUCACUGAGGAGUGUCCGUAACUGCUAUACUUAGACCUCUCAUAUUUGGAAUGAGUGAGUAAGCAACAUUGCACAGAGCCAAGUGGAGCAGAGGACAGCCAGGUCCCUGCUUCGACAAACACAAACCCUGACAAGUCAGUGGCUAGUUCAACAUAAUAGAGCUCUAUGCAGAUUCUUAUUACUAAUUGAAUAAUACACAGGACAAAUACCUAGAAGUGUUACUGCAGCCCAGACUAAUGUCUUACUCAUUUAACAUACAACCUCCAUUCACUAGUCAGCAUUUGAUUUGCCAGUUGUCACUUGAGUCGGGUACUUCAUGCUAAUGGGAUUCAUGACUGAUGCUAUCUGAUUUUGGGACAAAUGUGGCUACAUAUUCAUGUUGCAAAAUUCUUAUUGAAUCUGCCUCAUCAUCGUUGUCAUCAUCGUUGUCAUUUUUUAGUCCCCUUUAAUAAUGUGAUGUUUUUUCUUUUUAGUAAAUCAGGAGAAGUCUAGCUUCCCGGUGACUUCAGUCUGUUCUCAUCAGCCAGCAAGUGUAUGCAAGUUUAGUGUUUGUUAUCGACAUUAUCUUUAGCCUCUCAUUUUAGCAAUCAAGAGGAAAAUAUGUGACUAAAUUUAUGUCAACGACUUGAAACCUGUGACGUGUUCUUGGCUGGAGUUAUCCAGAGCACUGGUUCAAAGGACACAGUAACUGGAAGCUAAAGGGUUGUUACUGACUUUAAGUGCCUAGCGAGGAAUAGUAGCGUGUUAUCGCUUUAAAGGCCUCUGUUUUGAAGCCUUGCUUUGGUGUUAAUGAGUAGCACGUGGUGUGAAGUGUGGGGAUUGUUGGGCUGCUGUGACUGAAUGUAUGACUUCAGAUCCAGUUUUUGUAUGUCAAUUUUAUAAUCCUAUAAAACUGCCUUGCUGAGUAACCUCAGUGCUAAUGUCAAAGGUCACAAACAUGGCCUUUGCAUCGCUAUCCAAUCCAUUCCAACCAGUUUAGGAUUUAUGAAGAAGGAAAACUAGAACUUGUUUUCUUUACCCUGGUUUAAAAUGAAAGAACAUAAAGAACAAUAUAGUGUUUUUAACUUGCUAUUAGAUGUGGGAGCAAUCAGCAACAUGUUUGGAAAGACUCCAGACAAUCAAUAAAUGCCAAAAAUAAUUUCUCUUCAAACAAAAUGAUUUAUUUUUUUUAGAUUGUAGUUUAAUUAAAAGAUUACUGACGCACUACAGACUGGGAGACAAAGCCCUAACUGAAGCCGUUUUAACCCUGAUUGUGGGUAAUCCUAUAGACUGACAGGCACAAGGUACAGUACUAAUGUUUUGCAUGUUUUAUGUAUCGUUCAGUGCAUCAAAUGUUUGGUAAAUCUCAGUUUUUUUGUGCCAACCGAAUGUAAAAUUCUAAUAAUAUCACAUACUGUCCAGUCUGUACUGUUGAUUGUGCAUCUGUAUGAAGCUUGUUUGAAACAUCAAAUUCUCAAAUAAAACUGGAUGUUGACAACAGA